GAAGAUUAUAUAAACUUUUUGCAGAGUCCAAUUCGACGGCUUUCAGUGUAGUGUAAAAGACUAAAAUAAGUAAGUAAAAACCCAAUAAAUGGUUUUCUUCUCUCUCCAUGCUUAAUUUGCAGAGUCUAAUUCUUCCCCAAGCAGGACGUUACCUCGCUCCUCUUAGUUGCAGCAGUUCAAUCUCUCGAAGGUCAUCAAUGGCGCCACCGAUCCUCUCUCUAGCUCUUCCAUCAGGGACUGGUCGUGUUCUUAGCAUACAGUCUCACACUGUACAGGGAUAUGUUGGGAACAAAUCAGCAAUCUUUCCUUUGCAACUUCUCGGCUUUGAUGUGGAUCCAAUCAACUCGGUUCAGUUCUCUAACCACACAGGCAAGCAGCUUUAUAUCACUUCAGUCUCACAACUCAGAGCCCCGAUAUAUAUAUGUAUGCGAAAAUGGGAUGGUGCAGGGUAUCCAACGUUUCGAGGCCAAGUAUUGGACGGUCAGCAACUUUGGGAUUUAAUAGAAGGUCUUGAAGCAAAUGGUCUGCUUUUUUAUACGCAUUUAUUAACAGGUUAUAUUGGGUCAGUUUCAUUCUUGAACAUGGUAUUCCAAGUUGUUGACAAGCUGCGUUCAAUCAAUCCAGAUCUCAUAUAUGUAUGUGAUCCUGUCCUUGGUGAUGAAGGGAAGCUGUAUGUACCCCAGGAGCUGGUAUCUGUAUAUAAGAAGGUUGUCUCAGUUGCCUCAAUGUUGACUCCCAACCAAUUUGAAGUAGAGCAAUUAACUGGAUUAAGGAUCACCUCAGAACAGGACGGUUUGGAAGCUUGUAACUUACUUCAUGCUACUGGGCCCUCAAAGGUUGUGAUAACAAGCUUGCUUGUCGAUGACACCUUGCUCCUUAUAGGCAGCCAUCAGAAAACUAAGGGAGAGGCUCCUAAACAGUUCAAGAUUGUGAUACCCAAAAUACCUGCAUACUUCACUGGAACAGGUGAUCUAACAACUGCGCUCUUAUUAGGUUGGAGCAAUAAAUACCCUGACAACCUUGAGAGGGCAGCAGAGCUAGCAGUUUCAAGUUUGCAGGGUCAGAGCUCAAGGUGAAUGGUGGCUCUGAUAACCUUCUUACUAAAUAAUUAACUGAGUAGGCUUUAUGAAGGUAAAUUGCUCUAGUGUGCAAUAAACUGCAAUUAGGACGCUCCCCAUUUAGCCAAUACACGUGGUGAUGGGGUCUUGAUAAAUUUGCAAGCCCCUCUGAAGGGCAGUUCUCCUGUCUGAAGUUUGUAGAGAUGUUGUCUUGUAUAUGCAAUGGAUUUGUAGAGAUGUUGUCUUGUAUAUGCAAUGGAUUUGUAGAGAUGUUGUCCUGUAUAUGCAAUGGAGUUCACCUCUCUCCUUCAUUCUGUUGCGUUCUUUCCUUUUUUCUUUCCUCCCAUCCCAUGCUAGAUUUAGGGUUUCCUAAAUUUAACAUAAGCUCUCGCAUAUUACUUUGGACCAGUGUUUUAAAAAACAGUGAGUCGAACCGGACUCGCCUGGUUCGACUCGGGAACCGGCACAGCUCUUGCUGGUUCUAGCACAAAACCGGGAACCGCCCGGUUCUAGAGUAGAACCGCCGAUUCCCAUCUGGUUCUAUCCGGUUCAGCUCGGUUCACACACGUAACGCUUGACACGCACGUGCGAGCGUGCCCCACGCACACUC